AUGCCUAUCAAGCGGGGUCUUGUUAUCUGUAGCCCCUACGGACGACUGAAAGGCCCCCCAAACGACAUUGAAAAGAUGGGGAAGUUACUCGAUGGUCUCGAUUUCGAAGUAACUCGUUGCGAAAAAGAGGAUGCAACACGAAAGGGAAUUCUGCGCGCAUUGCAAGUGCUCAUCGACAGCGCCAGCUCCGAAGAUACCAUCGUGAUCUACUAUUCCGGCCAUGGAGGCAUGGUAGAGUCCGUCAAAGACAAACAUGGGAAGAGCAUUGCAGAAGUGGCCGUUUCGAGACCAUGGCGAUACCAAUUUAUAGUUCCUAUGGACUUUGACGAGGCCCCAGGCGGCGAGUUCGGAGGCAUCCUCGGCCUCGAGCUGUCACUUCUGCUGUGGAGGCUGACCGAGAAGACUCAUAACGUGACAAUCAUUCUAGACUGCUGUUAUGCGGGUCGAAUGGCUCGCGAUCCGGCUCUUGGGGACACAGCAGUCUCUAGAGCGAUCCCUUUGUACAGAUUUGACGACAUCCUGAAGCAUGAACAGCUGCGGCAGCGACAAGACCUGCAGCAGGACACCCACACCGACGAUAAUCCAUUCCUAGUGCGGAUCGCCGCAGCCGCGCCCAACGAGACAGCCUGGGAAUACCAGAAUUCCCACGGAGACUGGUGCGGCGCCAUGACGGAGGCGCUUGAACGCGUGCUCUCUGAAAGCAACGGCAUCAUGACGACGUGGGGAGCCAUCAUGCUGCGUGUCGCCGAAGCGGUGAACAUACAGUUCCCGCGGCAGCACCCACGGGUGGAGGGCCCAGGUGACCGGCUACAUUUCUCCCUGCAGACGCGCCCUUAUGGGGACGGGGAGUUUCGCCUUCAGAAAGACACCAAGACGGGCGAAGUGGCUAUUCAAGCCGGUUAUGUGUCGCGCGUUUACGAACACGACAUCUACACAAUCGUACAUCUCGAGGAUAGCGGAAGACACAAAACCCCUGUUGCAGAAGCCUCGGUAACCCAAGUCUCGGCCUUCCAGGCCAUCGUUGAGCUUUUGCCGCUGGAAGGGUGUGAGGUGUAUGAGUUCCCCGACGAUGGAGCUCUAGCUGUUCUCAGCCAAAGCGGCCUCCCCAGAUGGCCAGUCAGAAUCCCUCCCGACCUUGCAUGGUUGGAUUCAGCUUUAAAAAAAUCGAGAUUCGUCCGACCCGCGGAGAUUGGGUACCAAGGUCCGGUUCUCGCCGAAUUUGGAUGGGAUUCCCAAGUCCUCGCCUUGUAUGCCAAAGGAGGUGUCAAACUCGUCUCAAUAUUACCCCACAGCAACCAAUCGACAUCAGAGCGCGACUCUCGCUGCCUUGAGGCCGUAGGACAUCUCGCCCGAGCUCAACAUCUACUCUCGCUGCAGGAUCCAGUAGCCCAUGAAACUCUUGAGCAUUCGAUCGAAAUAGAAUUUGGAACCGUAAAUGAGAGAGGCGAACCAGAAAGAAUUAUUGGAGAUGACGGGGACGGUUAUGUGACCGAGGGCGACCGCGUCUACAUCAGCCUUGCAAACACCGGCGUGGAAUGUUUGUAUGUAUGGGUAUUCGAUGUCAACGUUGCAGGAAGGAUCGGAAUUCUCUCUGGCUCUAGCCCAGAUGGACUUGAGCUUCCGCCUGGUCGCUUUGAAUGCAUUGGUACAAAUAGAGAAGGAAGGGUUCGAGGCAAGAAGGUGUGGUGGCCCAAAGACCUGCCACGAACGCAGGCAGUGCAAGAAAAUCUCCUCUUCAUCCUUACCAGUUCUCCGGUGGAUCUAAGUCACUUAAGAAGCCCCAAGCCCGCAAAGGAAGUAAAAAGGGGGCGCUCGUCAAGCCUUGAGACGUUGAUAUAUCAGAUAUGGAGCGGUGGAAGCCGCAUCGCCACGGCUAGCGACGACGAUGCAAUCCGCUACGCCAUGUUCCCUCUACAGUUCCUUCUGCGACCUACUCACCAAGAUGAGACAUAA